AUGCCAGCCGCAGCUGAACGCGAUGAGAGUGGUGCUUCGGGGCUUCAAAAAUGGGUAGAGGGGACGGCCAUUGCAACUGCUGGCUUAGCACUGGGUGACGAUCUCUGGCAGCAGCCCACAAGGAGUCGAUCUACAUCCCCUCCUGCUGCAGAGAAGUCCCUUGGCUUGGCCCCAAAGUCCCGGAGUAGACCAACAUCUCCCGAGGUGAAGCGCGACUCGGACUUAUCUCGCUCUCGACGCAUAUCUGCUGCACGGCCCAACACCGACUCCCCAACAGCUGUGCCUUUGCAUUUCCGUCGUCCACCGACGUCCCCAGGCCUGGCCCGUGCUGUGCCCGUUGAGCUUCCGAAUCCGAAGUCGAAGGAGUACCGUCCUCUUUACUUAGUCGCCCUCCAUGGAUCGGCGAAGGUUGAGCAGGAAGCCAAUGAGGAAUUGCCAUCGCUGCCAUCUAGCAAGACCUCUUCUCGUGCUCAAUCCGUUGAAGAUCUCCGCGUGCUCAACGACCAAGACGCGGUCAAGACCUGGGAACCGAUUGAUUUGGAUUUGACAGAAAGGCGCAAGCCAACAGGUUUGACAAUUUCUACUGACCGCGUACAGGAUGGUGAACAUGAUAUUCUGGACUCACAGCAGACAACUCCAACAGCCGAACACUUUGCUGCACUUCGGGAGUCUGAGAAGAAGCCAAAGCCAAAGUAUGAGUUCCAUUCUCCAUCGGAGCUCUUACGGGACCCCGCCGGGCUUCAAGAAGUGCCUUCGUCUCCACCCAUUGAAGGGCUUCCAUCUGCCGAGAGUUCGGUUGUCGGAUGGAAGGAUGCGGUUGAAGAGAGGAGUGUCACCGAAGAGCAGGAUCACGGUAGUGUUCACGACUCGACAACUGAUGCUGAGAUGUUCACUCCAACUCAAGAGAGGGGCGAUUUCUUUGACGACCCUAGUACGCCGCAAGGCCCUGGCUUUGCCAAUAUCGUUGAUCAAGCUGUCAUUGCUGCUUACAAGGAAAUCGAACAACCCUCUAGUAUUGAGCCCAAGGAAAUUGUUGAAACCGAAUUAGCCUCGAAGGAAGCGGCCACUGAACUAGCUAUUGAAUCUUCUUCUCCGAGGACCAAAAAUUCAGGGUUUGGAGACAUUGUUGACGCUGCUGUUCUCGCGGCGGCUGCUUCUCGGGAGAAGCCAUUAGACGCAGCCCCCGAGGAGCCUGUCACAGCCAUUGAAGGACUUGAGCCUGCCCUCAUGGACGAGACCGAGGUAUCAAAAGAUGUCGCCUCCGAGUCCAUCGAACAGCCCACUGAGCCUUCAGAGAACGUAACUGCGGAAGAGGCUGGUUCUAAGAAAAAGAAAAACAAGAAGAAGAAAAACAAGAAGGGCCAAGCUAGUGAAAGCGUCGAUUUGAGCGCCGAAUCUACUCCUGUGCCCGCGGAGCAACAAUCCCCUCCUGUAGAGACAACUGAAGAGGUCUCUCACUCUCCUGAACCGGCGGAUGAAGCAAUCGAAUUACCGAAGGAGGCUGAGGCUGAGGCUGUUCCCGUACCCCAAUCAGUCCUCGAAUCUACAGAAGCCCCAGACGCUGCAGUGCCCCCUCUUGAGUCGACUGAAAAUGCAACUGUUUCCGCAGCCGAGGUCGAUACUCCUGCCAGAGUGGCCGAAGCUGAUGAUUCCAAGGAGUUUGCUGGUAUGUCAAAGAAGGAAAAGCGUGCCGCAAAGAAGAAGAAGAAGCAACAAGAACAGAAUGAGGGUAUCUCUACAGCGAAAGAGCAAAUCGACCCAGCAGGCGAUGUUCCCGAUAAGGCCAGGAUGGUUGCUUCUGACAACAUCGAUAUUCAGCAAGCAAUUGUGCCCGCAGCUCCCCAAGAACAGCCGGAGGCUCAGGAGGAAACUCGCGAACUCAUUGCUUCCGAAGAAUCACCAGCGCCAAUGGAGGAAGAGAGCAAAGAGAUCGAUCGGCCUUUUGGGGAAUCCACAACGGAGCCCUUGGAGAUUCCUCUAGAUGGUACGACUCCGCCUGCUUCUGUGGUGCCAGCACCAUUUGGUGAGCCAGCGCAGACAGACGACGAUGCCGAUUUCCACGAAGCUGUUGAAGAUAAGCCUAAGGUGGAAGCCCUGUCUGCGGUCGAACCUUUGGAAAGCGAGCCAACAAAGGAGGAAGAAACACCACCAUCGAAACAGAAGAAUAAGAAGAACAAGAAGAAGAACCGCCAAUCUGUUGCUGAGGAGACUGCUUCUUCUACUGAGUCUCAGCCCACUCCUGAGCCCGAACUAGAGCAGCAUUCCAAAGAUAUUGCGCUUGAGCAGCCAGCAUCAGGUGAAACUACCGAUCCUCAAGGUCCUGUUCCCAGCGAAGAUGGACAAGUUCUCGAGUCAGAUCAGCCUGUGUCUGCGGAGCCAGUCGCUCUGGGUGCCGCUACAUCCCCAAAGCCUGAGUUAACCCAUCCCAACCCUGUUUCGCAUGAGGUUCCUGCGGAAGAGACCUCGCCUGCCGGCCUCGCUGAUAUUACUGCACCGAUCGAUGAUGUGCGAGACCGGUCUGAAGUGUUGCCUGAGUCAGUUGCUGAAGAAAAUGCUAUUCCCAUCGAGCCUGAGGUUGCUCCACAGGCAGAUACCUCCGAAGAGCCUUCUGCCGAAGCUGAUCAACCCAUUGAGUCCUCCGAGCCCGCAAAGACUGUCGAAGAGGCAUCUGACCAGCCUGUUGUGGAUGCCUCUCUUGAGACUGAGACUAUCGAUAGUAGCAAGCUAUCUGCAAAAGAAAGAAAGAAGCUUGCUAAAAAGGCCAAGAAGAAUGGUAACAAGGAAAUUGUACCCUCCACUGCAGAGGAAGAAAAGUCCGCUGAGCCCGAGGUUGUCGCUGAUGCUGAGCCUCAAGCAACUGAAGCAGUUGAGGCGGCCGCAAAAUCUCAAGAGACUGCUGGUGUAUCUGAAGGACCAUCCUCUGUCCAUGCUGAGGAUACACCAGGUACGGAAGAGUUAAUGGUUCCAGAGGGCGAGUCUGAAGAAGUCAAAGGACUCAAACCUGAAGAGUCUAAGGAAUCCCAGGAUAUUAUUACUCCGCCCGUGGAAGAAGUAAUCAAAGAAUUGCCUGUCGAGCCCGUCGAGUCCGAAAGAGAAGCCCUGAAAGAAGCCAACGAGGAAAUCCAGGUGUUGCCUGCUGAGACACCACUUGUGGAGUCAAAGUCUCAGAAAAAGAAGCGAAAGAAGGCCGAAAAGGAAGCUGCUGAGAUGAAGGCAGCCGAAAAAGCCUUACAAGAGCAACAACAGGAAAUCCAAAACAUUUCAACCGAUGAGACCCUAGCCACUGAGGCUACUGCGACGACUGUGCCAGGACAUGCUGCCUCCACCAGGGAUUUUGAGACCGAAUCCGCCGCUAAACCCAGUGUUCUGGAAGAGCCUGUCGUGACCGAGGAAGUUGCCCCACCUUCUACUGAUGAGGCUCAGGUGCCUGCUGUUGAAUUCCCUUCAGAGAAUGUACUUGGAUCUGUAUAUCAGCCUAUCAAGCCUUCCGAUGACAGCGCAGUUGUUUCCGAAGAGGCCUCCGUCCCUGCCGGCACCAUUCGCGACCAGGCUGUGGAAGCUUCCCCUAAGCCUGACCUUCCCAAGCAAGGAGAAUUAGGGCCACAAAUCCUCGAAACGCUUCCUGUUUCAGAAGAGGUGCAAAAUCCUGACGAACGGGCCAAGCUGCCUCUUGAUGAGCCUGAACCUGAAAAGCCAAUGACAGCAUCUCAAAAGAAGAAGGAAAAGAGGAGGAAGCAAAAGGAGGAAGAGCGACGAAGGUCUUUGCUUCUUCAAUCUGACGCUACUGCAGAUGCUGAAACCUCUCCCCUUGGACAGCAAGAUACUGAGCAGCCUGAAGCAGAGCCUAUGGGAGUGGUGGAGCUUUCAAAUUCUGAAAAAAAUGAGCCUUCAAUGGGACCCCAGACUAUUGAGCCAGUAACAACAGAGGAUGCUGAUAAGGAACUCUCCAUUAAUGCUCCUAACGAAGAGCUGCCUCCUGCUCCUACCGAAGAGCUGCCCCCUGCUCCUACCGAAGAGCUGCCCCCUGCUCCUACCGAAGAGCUGCCCCCUGCUCCUACCGAAGAGCUGCCCCCUGCUCCUACCGAAGAGCUGCCUCCUGCUCCUGCUGACAAUGUGCCUGUUUCCGAGCGUGUGGCUGCUGAAGAAUCUACUCAUAUCACCCACCCGGUUGUUCAGGAUCCUCACCCUGAGCUCCCAAUUCAAACCAGCCAACCCGUUGGCGCUGAAGAGGCUGAGAAGCCGCGUGCGGAGCUCGAAGAAUCAAAUCCCGCAGAGGUACUAGCCGAUGCCCCUGUGGAAAAAGGAAAUAUGCCGCAAGAGCCUCCUGCCGCCCAAGAUCCGGAACAAGCGGAAGAAACUGGUACAUCGAAGAGUAAGAAGAAAAAGAACAAGAAGAAAAAGAGCAAGUCUGUCGAUGAGGAAUCUCAAGUUGAGGUUGGGAAAGGUCAUGAGCAGACCGAUCCUCCUACCGAACACACCCAACCGCCUACUCCACCUGAAACUGGUGAUUCCUUUGCCCGUCUUGAACAGCCACAAGAGCUUGAGGUUCCCGCCACAGGAGAGAGCCUAGAGGAAGCCCCUGGAGACCAAACUGUGAAGGAGCCGCCCCCAGAGCAAGUCUCUGAAAGUCAGGAUGUAUUUGGCCAGGAGUCAACAAACACAGCAGCCGAUACUCAGGCGACUGAGACCCCUCUGGCUAAAGAGGGCCCAGAUGAAGUGAUCGAAGAGGUUCAGCCCGAAAUACCUAGCCAAGAGCCUACUGAAUCUCGCGUUGAGGACGUUGUUCCUGAAACGACCAACACCGAGGAGACCAAACUCAAGGAGGCUCCAACCGAAGAGCAGUUUACCAUUGUUGAAGCAUCUGCAGAGCCAGAGCCAGGGCCGGAGACUAAGCUUACAGCCAAGCAACUCAAGAAGCUCAAAAAGAAGCAACAGAAGGCAUUGACGAUGGAUGCAACCUCAAGUUCUCCUGCCGAAACUGGAAAGGAUACAGCCUCAGAAGCGACACCAGAGCUCUUUCUUACAGAGGAACCUGACACUGAAAAGUCGGUCGAUGUAGCUCUCCCUGCGGAGGAAAUGACAACUACCCGAGAUGUUACUACAACUCAGCCGGAGACUACACACCCCGAGCCCCAGGAAUCCCUGGAUCAGGGAAACACUGAGCUUGAAGCUCCAGCUGACAACCAACCGACUGUAGACCUGGAAGCUGAAAAAGAGCCCAAUGCAUUGGACACCGCAAAGCCUGCCCCCGAACUCGAAAAGCCAAUGACAGCAGCUCAACGGAGAAAGGAGAAGAAGAAGGCAAAGAAACGCGAGUCGCAAACCACGGAUAAGGAUUCUACCGAAAUAAAUGUUGAACCCCCCCGGCAAUGA